ACGUCUCACGUCAAAAACAGGGGAGGGAGUGGAUUCAAAUAUAAAGAAGGCGAUCGUUGUCGACAGAGCAAAGGCAACCUGAGAGUGAAAUACGAUUACGAAUUCUGGGCAUAGAUUAUUGGAAUCUGAAAUCGCUCGAGCAGAAGCAAUGGUACAGAUGAUGUCUUCCAGACCCAAAGUGAAGCUGGAGGAGAUCUUCGAUUCCUGCCACUCUACUCCUGCCCCCCUUCCCAAACGGGCCAAGUUCCUGAAUCUCGAUUCUUUGGAGUGCGAUGUAGAAGGAGGAGAAGACAUGGGCGUGUUAGCGGAGCCCAGUCCUUUGGGUUUGCGUUUGAAAAAGAGUCCGUCUUUCUUGGAUUUCAUUAAGAUGAGGCUCUCUCAGCAGAAUUCCUCCAAGAGGAAGAAGGAGGCAGCUGAUAAGCUCAAGGCCUCGAAUUUUCCAGCCUCCCUCGUCAAGAUCGGAACCUGGGAGUACAAGUCGAGGUACGAGGGGGACUUGGUGGGGAAAUGCUAUUUCGCGAAGCACAAACUUGUGUGGGAAAUGCUUGAUGGUGGUCUCAAGAACAAGAUUGAGAUACAGUGGUCAGAUAUCGUCGCCAUUAAAGCCACUUACUCUGACGAUGGACCAGACGCCCUGGAUGUUGUGUUGGCAAGGCAGCCCCUUUUCUUCAGGGAGACAAAUCCUCAGCCGAGGAAACAUACUUUGUGGAAGGCCACUUCUGAUUUCACUGGCGGUCAGGCCAGCUUGAAUAGGCGCCAUCUCCUUCAGUGCCCACGGGGUCUCUUAGGCAGGCAUUUCGAGAAGCUUGUUCAAUGUGAUCCACGACUACACUUUCUCAGCCAACAACCAGAGAUCUUUGUAGAAAGUCCAUACUUUGAACCCAGAUCAUCAAUAAAUGAUGAUGAUGAUGAUGAUGGUACACAUGGGUCUGCCACCAUCCCGGGACUGGAGAUUGGUAUUCCAUCCAUGGCUCCUGCUACUCAAACACCCUCCGCAACAGAGGAGAUUGAUUUUCUCAAUGAAAAUCCUGAGGAUGUUCGCUCAGUGAUAGAUACACGGGCAACCAGGAAAGAUGGCUAUGGCAUGACGACGGGGAUGCGUCCAUCAGCGUCUAUAAGUGAUCUGCUGUCUCGCAUCGGGCACUGCAUUUCCCAAGAAAUGGCAUCUGGAAAUCUAAUGUUCUCGCCAGACAACCUUCAAGGCAGAGACAUCAUGGGGGAGUUUGCUCAUUGUCUGCUGAACGACACAACUCCACAGCUCGCGUCUUCCGCCACCGAUGAACAGAUAAUGUCCCGAGUGAAUUCUCUUUGUUGCUUGCUGCAAAUGGACGGUUGCUCGAGUUCAGAGGCGAGAUAUGGAGAAAACCCUCAAGACAAGCAGCAGUUGGGUAUUGCUGCGAUCUCGAGGAAUGAGUCACUAAGCGACCUUCUUCUUACUCUUCCGAGGAUCGCUUCUCUGCCCCAGUUUCUGCCCACCAUCUCUGAAGGUUCUUGAGGAACAAAGCCCUUAUUAUAAGGCACGCUGUCAUAUGUAUACAUUGUUACUCUUGUAGCUUUCUCUUGUUCAAUGGUAGGCUGUAAUUUUAUUGCGUUCUAAAUGUGAAAAACUCGAAGUUACUGGUCAUUCUUAGAAAGCAGGAGCAAAUUAAUC